AUGGCUGCGUCCAUGGAUACAACACCCGUGAAAAUUGUUUUGCCCAAUACAACGUGUAUGCUUUGCCUACAAGAAAACCGAAGGGCUCACUGUUUGGUAAAAGCCAAGGCUACAAAAGAAAACUAUCUCCAUCUAUUACAAACAUUUACUGGAGUUACCAUAGAGAAGGACUUAUUAUGGAAGUGUUAUGUCUGUACAUCAUGCCUAAAUGAAGAAUUCAUCACUGAGAGACUGCAGUGUGAUAUUUUGCCUGCUAUAGAUGAAUCAUUUAAAGAUGUUGCACAGCUUGGGCGAAGUGUUUUAUUCAUCAAAGAUUGUAAGGACCUAUGUGAGAAGGACUGGUUCAGAGAUAUUGCUGCAGAUGUGCACGAUAAAUGCCCAGAACUUUUCCAAGUUUUAUUCACUGCUCUUGGUAACAAAAUUACUGCAGAGUCAAAAAUGGGAACUAUUUCCAUCAUAUAUGGUAUGAUAAUGCACUCUAGGAAUGUGAAGGCUUGUGCAGUGCAGCGUAUACUGACAUCACUGUGUAUAAGAUACCAUGCUGAUAAUUUGGUAACAUUUUGAUAGUAAUUUGUUUUGAGUUAUCUGCAAUUUUCAUAUUCAAUUUUAAAGGGGC